GUGACUUGGCCGGAAUUUAAACAGUUAUUUCAACAACGCUAUGCAAAUACUGAAACGCCAGCCGCCAUGUUUUUGCAGUUAUUAAACAGUUGCCCCGGCAACAGUGAAUGCCUUGCGAUAUACGCUAGUCGCAUGGUGACUUCGCUUAUUAACAAGUGGAAGGGCUUGGAUGCUGAGAGGAUUGCGGUGUCCGUGGUUUUGGGACAUUUGGCCAACUUUGACCGCCGAGUGCAAAGAAUUGCAUACACUGCCGAGAUCAAAAAUAGACGUGACCUACAGGCUGAGUUGCAGGUCUUCGCUUUUGACAAGCGCACACAUCAUUCUGGAAAUAAGGAAUCUGGAGCAAACAGAGCUAAGUUGGCGUCACUGAAGUGCCAUCUUUGCGGAAAGAUGGGGCACAAAAUGAUUGAUUGCCGAAACAAGAAGCAGAGCGCCGGCAUGUCGAGACAGGAUCAACGAGGAAGCCAACGAUUUCAGCAGCAUUUUAAAGACAAUAUAACUUGCUAUCGUUGCCGAGAGCAAGGUCAUAUAGCCUCACAAUGCCCUAAAAAUAUGACAGGCGGUGGAGCUGGAUUGCGGAACGAAAAGAGAGCUGAGCUGUGCGUGUUGGAUGAACCGAAGACAAGUAUGCUGUUACGAAGUGAGGACUUUCCAAUCUUUUUCGAUUCUGGAGCAGAGUGCUCUUUGGUUAAAGAGAGUUUUGCAGAGAAGCUAAGCGGUAGAAAAGUAAAUAACGUAACGAAAUGCAAAUGUUUGUAGUACAAUGCAGAUUGAUAACAAUAUUCUUAUUAAUGGAAAUAGUUUAAAUGUAACAUUUCAUGUUGUACCCGAUGACUGUAUGUCAAAUAAUAUUGUACUGGGACGAGAAGUGUUGGCUCAGGGAUAUGCUGCAGUAGUAUUUUGUAAAGGGGUUGAAAUAAUUAAGGAUGAAACAAAAA